UGGGUGCGCAAGAGCUCAUCGACAUGCAAUCAAUAAGAUUCUGCCCUCGGGAGACCACCUUCUCACCCUCAAGCCUCCCUCUUCGCGUCGUCGGGGCUCCGAUGCCAACUGCCACCUUUCCCCGUUAAGCGACCGAGCGAUGCAUUUGCCGGAGACGGCCUACAAAAAGUCGCAACCAGACCAGUCCUGCCACUGUUGCCAUGCCUCAUACAAGUCAUAAGAAGAGAGGCCUACCCAAGAAAAGACAAGAAGUUCUAGACGAUGAAGGUUGGACCCGGGUCACCUCAUCACACACCACACCUCGAGCACCAGUCCCCAGCACAAGCGCAGACGGCUCCGAAAUAGUCUUCACAUGGACUUUCGACGGCCCACAGGUCACCAAGACCUGUGGUUCGGCUAUUCGUCCGAUGAAACCACUCCCGGGCACAACACUGCAGUCCAUGCAAACGCAGUACACCAGAAUUGCGACCAGAUGGCUUGAGAGCGAGAUGUAUCAUUCCCUCAAAGACAUCCUAACGAGAAGGAUCUUGACGUCCGAGAAAAUGACCAAAUGCGUGCUCUUCGGGUCUGGGAGCCUCUGCGGUGACGAGCUACACUGGCUCGAUCGUCACGAGUCAGCAUACUAUCAACUCGCAGCGUUCAAGAGCGUAGUCGACAUCAUCAAACAAGCACAAGGUGAACGUCCGCGAUGCUACGCCCAAGAGCCAUACUACAACACUCUUGACACCGACCUGCUCGCUACGCUGGAAAUCACCGCAGUCACGCACCCACAAGGUUUCGAGCUGCUAGACACCGGUUCGUUCGCAUACUCGCCCGCCGCCGAGCUCGAGGUUGAGUACCAGAUCAUGUCACUCAGCCCAAGGAUAUGGCUUCACAGGUCAUUGGACCACCUACACACGAAGUCGCCUUCUGCCAGCGACAAGUUCACGAAAGAAGAGUCUGACCUCAACCUGAGGAUGACGGAAGACUUCACAACACACCACGAGCAUGCACGACUUCCAGACCUGCCACUCAAGAACUUUCCUUUCCACGGUUCCGUGAUAUGGUGGCCUGCUGAACAGCAAGACCCGUCUUGACUCCGACUCAAGCAAGUACUGUUUCUACAAACCACUUCCAAGUGACCCUGAGGUAUCCUCUCGACGACAGACAUACGCAGGAGAUGCACACAGCUUUCUCCGGCCCUCAGGGACAAUGCCGAUCCAUAUACCUACGAAGCCCUGAAGUCUAUACGAUGCCUACCAGAAUGGACCUA